AUGCAUGACCCCCCAGCAACGUCAUCGCACCCCGGGUCUCGAACGUCCAUGUACAACGUCCAGCGCCAGCACUCUGGUCUAGGUGGCGUCAGCUCAGCGACUCAAGCCGCGAAGACCAGCCCAAGCCAUGCGCCAGGCCAUCUCAAGUCCAAGAUCCCAAGUAACCGGCGCAUGCGCCGGAUCAUCUCUGAGGACGCGGAGUGGACCCUGGCCAUCGUACCACUCCUCACAGAACUCUGCAUCCAACACAUCGUCAAGAACUUCCAGAACAACCCUAUCCUGAAGCAGCUGCUCCCACAGCACCAACAGAAGGUCUUGAGCCACUUGCCCCCUGACCUGCCACUGACGGUGACUGCCAAUUUGAUCGAUGAUGAGAACUAUUGGCAUCGAUGCUGCAUCAAGCGUUGGCCUGUGUGCCACGUGGCCAAGCAUGGCGGCAGCUGGAAGCGUAUGUUCUUUGAGAGACACCUGGAGAACCUGCUGAAGCUCUUCAUCCCGGGCACCACGGACCCCAAUGUGAUCUUGGACCUGCUGCCCCUCUGCAGGAACUAUGUGCGCCGCAUCCAAGUGGAUCAGUUCCUCCCACCUGUGCGGCUGCCAACCCCGCCUCAGGGCGAUGAACAGUCCGACUCUGGCAGUGACGGAGAAGGGAAUGAACCUGAGAAGGACCACUACCAGCUGGAAGCUCUGGUGGCUGGCCUCAAGCACCUGGAGGAGCUGGACCUGGUGUACGGCGUCAAAGACUGUGGCAUGAACUUUGAGUGGAAUCUCUUCCUCUUCACCUUCCGAGACUGCCACUCUCUGGCAGCCACCAUCAAAGCCUGCCACACCCUCAAGAUCUUCAGGCUGACUCGAAGUAAGGUGGAUGAUGAUAAGGCACGCAUCCUAAUCCGAAGUCUCCUGGACCACCCAGCUCUUGAGGAGCUGGACCUGUCCCACAACCUUAUUGGAGACCGUGGUGCUCGAGCAGCAGCCAAACUGCUGAGCCACAGUCGCCUGAGAGUGCUCAACCUGGCCAACAAUCAAUUGCGGGCACCUGGGGCACAGUCCCUGGCUCAUGCCUUGGCACACAACACCAACCUUGUCUCCCUCAACCUCCGCCUCAACUGCAUCGAGGACGAGGGUGGCCAAGCAAUUGCCCAUGCCCUGGAGACCAACAAGUGCCUCACCACGCUUCACCUCGGUGGCAAUGAGCUGUCUGAGCCCACAGCCACAGUCCUAUCCCAGGUGCUCCCAAUCAACACCAUACUCACCAGCCUCAACCUCUCCUGCAACCAUAUCGGGGUGGAUGGUGGGAAGCAGCUCCUGGAAGGCAUGUCGGAAAACAAGACCAUUCUGGAGUUUGACUUGCGUCUGUCAGAUGUAUCCCAGGAAAGCGAGUACCUCAUUGGCCAGGCUCUGCAUGCCAACCGAGAGGCCGCACGCCAGAGGGCCCUGAAUCCUGGCCACUUCAUGACACCCAUCACUAACAACGGUCCUGAGAAUUCUGUUGCCUAA